UUGAUUGUUCAUAGUUCAUGAUAACUAACCUCGUCCUUGCCCUUGUUUGCUUUGUAGGCAAAUUUCAACAUGGACACAGAGUCGGAAGACAUCCAGAAGGCUUGCUAUGACAUACUGCGGAAAGUGUCAAAGAACAGGCGCUACAUCCUGAAAAGGGACUACUUCGACAAAGUACCAGCAAAUGAAGUCAGCAUCAAGUCCCCUGUUAAGGAUGUCUCAGAUGAAGAAUGGGAAGCUCUAACUGCUCUGUGGGUAACCCCAAGACACAGGAACACAUGUACCAAGAACAAGGACAGUCGUGCUGCGGUCAAAUUUGGCCAAAAGACUGGCUCUCGUAGCUAUGCUGCUCAUCUGUAUGCAACUAUAAGAACACUCUUAUAG